CCCAUAAUGCAACUCUGACUAACUACGUGCGUAGAUGUCCGAUCCGAAGACAAGCCAGUAGCUUUUAGCUGCGGGACAUUGAAUGACUUUGUACCCGUGUGCGUUAAGAAAGUUCUCUGUUUGACAGGUUUAGAAUCGGCGCUAAUGGAGGCACUUAUACCUGUCAUAAACAAGCUGCAAGACGUAUUUAACACUGUCGGCGCAGACACAAUCCAACUGCCGCAGAUAGUUGUUGUGGGAACACAGAGCAGUGGGAAGAGUUCGGUUUUAGAGAGCCUGGUUGGCAGGGAUAUUCUGCCACGAGGGACUGGUGUUGUCACACGCCGGCCUCUCGUCCUCCAGCUAGUGCACAUCGACCAAGAAGACCGCAGAAAACCCACAGAAGAGAAUGGCAUCGAUGGAGAAGAAUGGGGCAAAUUCCUACACACCAAAAACAAGAUCUACACAGAUUUUGAGGAAAUCAGACACGAAAUCGAGGCAGAAACAGAACGAAUUUCUGGCAGUAACAAAGGAAUUAGCGAUGAACCCAUUCACCUAAAAAUCUUCUCUCCACAAGUUGUGAAUCUCACAUUAGUGGAUCUUCCUGGCAUCACCAAGGUACCGGUGGGAGAUCAGCCCAAAGACAUAGAGAUCCAGAUCAGAGAGCUGAUUUUAAAGUAUAUCUCCAACCCUAAUUCAAUCAUCUUGGCUGUGACUGCUGCCAACACAGAUAUGGCGACAUCAGAGGCUCUCAAGGUGGCCCGUGAGGUUGACCCUGAUGGUAGGAGGACGCUAGCAGUGAUAACCAAGCUUGACCUGAUGGAUGCUGGUACGGACGCCAUGGAUGUCCUGAUGGGCAGAGUCAUCCCCGUUAAACUGGGCAUUAUUGGAGUAGUAAACAGGAGCCAGUUGGAUAUCAAUCAGAAGAAGCUGGUGGCAGAUUCUAUUCGAGAUGAACAUGCAUUCUUACAAAAGAAGUACCCCUCCCUCGCAAACAGAAAUGGAACCAAAUAUCUGGCUAGAACAUUAAACAGGUUACUGAUGCACCACAUCAGAGACUGUCUCCCUGAGCUAAAGACGAGGAUCAAUGUGCUGGCAGCACAGUAUCAGUCUUUACUCAACAGUUACGGUGAACCUGUCGAGGAUAAGAGUGCCACGUUGCUGCAGAUUAUCACCAAGUUUGCUGCAGAGUACUGCAACACAAUAGAGGGCACGGCCAAGUACAUUGAGACAGCUGAACUGUGUGGUGGAGCACGGAUUUGUUAUAUAUUCCACGAGACGUUCGGUCGCACGUUGGAGUCAGUCGAUCCUCUGGGCGGUCUGACAACCAUCGACGUGCUCACUGCAAUCAGAAAUGCAACGGGUCCAAGGCCAGCUCUGUUUGUGCCCGAGGUUUCGUUUGAGUUGCUUGUGAAGCGGCAGAUCAAGCGUCUGGAAGAGCCCAGUCUGCGCUGUGUGGAGCUCGUUCACGAGGAGAUGCAGAGGAUCAUCCAGCACUGCAGUAACUACAGCACACAGGAGUUACUGAGGUUUCCAAAGCUUCAUGAUGCUAUAGUAGAGGUGGUCACAUCCCUUCUCAGAAAAAGACUCCCAGUCACAAAUGAAAUGGUACAUAACUUGGUUGCCAUUGAACUGGCGUAUAUCAACACCAAACACCCCGAUUUUGCCGAUGCAAGUGGCCUUAUGAACAACAACAUUGAAGAGCAGAGACGGAAUAGACUCAGAGAUCUGCCCUCUGCCGUUCCCAGAGAUAAGGGAGCAGCCAGUGUUUCUCAGAGCUCUUCUGUCAGUGACCAGACAGACAGUGGCACGGGCAACUGGAGGAGCAUGGUGAGGAAGGGCGAGGAGGUUCCAGCUGGUGACAGGGCCAUGGCCCAGCCUCUUAUCACUGCAAGUCCCCAGAAGGGCCAUGCUGUCAACCUAUUAGAUGUGCCUGUUCCAGUAUCAAGGAAGUUGUCUGCUCGGGAGCAGAGGGACUGUGAGGUCAUCGAGAGACUCAUCAAGUCAUAUUUCUUGAUUGUUCGGAAAAACAUCCAAGACAGUGUACCAAAGGCAGUGAUGCACUUCCUGGUGAACCAUGUGAAGGACUGCCUGCAGAGUGAGCUGGUGGGUCAGUUAUACAAGACGACGCUGCUGGGCGACCUGCUGACAGAGUCCGAGGACAUGGCUCAGAGACGCAACGAGGCUGCUGAUAUGCUCAAGGCGUUGCAGAAAGCCAGCCAGGUGAUAGCAGAGAUCAGAGAAACCCACCUGUGGUGAGGAUGAGCUAUCUUCAGCAAGCUCUCUUCAUCCUUGUGGGGACCCUCACUGUCUUCAUGUGGACCAUCCACCUGCCUGUCGAGUCAUGCAGCAGCUCAGGCUGUAGAGACAACUCAGAAAUGCACUGGUGUGGAUAUGUGUAUAUGGAAACAUAGUUUUAAUGUACAGCAAGGAAGUAAUAAUCAGGGGAAGUACAUUUUAGUCACUCGCCAUCGGCAUCACGCAUACUUCUGUCCUAGAUUAUUAUAUUUUUCUUAAUGUAAGUAAAACAGUACAUAAAUAAUAUUAUACAUCACCACUAUGUGGAGCCUUGCUGAGGAAUAUGUGCUCUAACUGUAGAUUUUGAUUAAAGCUACAAAUGAAAACUCA